AUGUGGAUUUUUACUCAUAAGGUCAAAUCUAAUGGUGUUUUUGAGAGGCAUAAAGUCCGUCUUGUAGGUGAUGGUAAAACACAGCACAUUCGCAUUGAUUGUGGCGAGACUUUUAGUCUGGUGGUGAAGCCUGCUACAAUCCGCACUGUUCUUAGUCUUUCUCUUUCGAAGGCAUGGCCGAUCCAUCAGCUGGAUGUUAAAAAUGCCUUCCUACAUGGUGAGCUUCAAGAAACAGUUUACAUGCACCAACCUCUGGGUUACAGGGAUUGUGUUCAUCCUAAUUAUGUAUAUCUCCUGCGUAAGUCAUUAUAUGGACUUAAGCAGGCGCCCCGGGCUUGGUAUAAAUGGUUUGCUGAUUUUGUUCUAUCUAUUGGGUUCACAAAUAGCAGGUGUGACAACUCUUUGUUCAUUUUCAGCAAAGGGUCUAAUAUGGCUUACAUAUUAUUAUAUGUUGAUGAUAUUACCCUCACUGCUUCUUCUGAUGCUCUCCGAUGUUCAAUCAUGGAUCUGCUUAGUUCUGAGUUUGCUAUGAAGGAUCUUGGUCCUCUAAAUUAUUUUUUGGGUAUUGCUGUGACUCGACAUAAGGGUGGUAUGUUUCUCUCACAGCGCCAGUAUGCCGAAGAAAUAAUUGAGCGUGCAGGGAUGUCUUCUUGUAAACCUUCCCUCACUCCGGUUGACACUAAAUCAAAGGUCAGUGCUACAUCUAGUACUACUUUUGAUGAUCCUUCCCUUUAUCGGAGUCUUGCAGGGGCCCUACAAUAUCUCACAUUUACACGACCGGAUAUCUCUUAUGCCGUACAACAGGUUUGCCUACAUAUGCAUGAUCCGAGAGUUGAUCAUAUGUCUGCUCUUAAACGUGUCAUUCAGUAUGUUAAGGGUACUUUGGAUCACGGGCUUCAUUUAUACCCGUCUUCUUUUUCUACUCUUGUCUCGUAUACUGAUGCAGAUUGGGGUGGGUGCCCUGACACUAGACGGUCUACAUCUGGUUAUUGUGUAUUUUUGGGUGACAAUCUGAUUUCUUGGUCGUCUAAACGACAACCCACUUUGUCUCGGUCAAGUGCCGAAGCCGAGUAUCGUGGGGUGGCGAAUGUUGUCUCCGAAUCAUGUUGGAUUCGAAACCUUCUCUUAGAGUUGCAUUGUUCGAUUAAAAAGGCUACUCUUGUUUAUUGUGACAAUGUAAGUGCUAUUUAUUUAUCCGGAAAUCCAGUUCAACAUCAACGUACAAAACAUAUUGAAAUGGAUAUUCAUUUUGUCAGAGAGAAGGUUGCCCGUGGGCAGGUCCGUGUUCUUCAUGUACCUUCCCCGUUAUCAGAUUGCGGAUAUCUUUACUAA